AUGCUACAUUUCAGAAAUUCUGGGUAUAAGGCUGUGACAGAUGUGACUGUCAGCAAGGCUGUUAAUUUAUUCAAUCAUUAUGGGAUUGAUGAAGAAGGACCUGUACCUGACAUACAGAGUGACUAUGUAGUUUCGGUACCUGACACAAUUACUACUCUGACACAUAACCAAGAAUUGUCACUGCAAGAAGCUAGAGAUGCAGCCUUCCAAACUGGUGAUCAUGAUGGAAUCAUAGCCUACCAAGUGGAUUCCAACAUUCUUAGUGAAGUCUUUUUAUCACAGGUAGACUAUGAAAGAAGGACACUGAAAGUCACUUUGCUAAGUAGUGAGUGGAGGUCAUCAACUGAUGGGAACUUUUCCACUAUCGUCCGAGAGCUGGCCAUCCAGUUAGCUAAAUUCCCCAAACUGGAUGUUUUUGUCCUUCUUCCAAAGUGCAACAGAGAAGACAGGAGCAGUGCUGAAAGUCACAAUGUGAAGCUCAUGGAAGCAGAUGGAGUUCCUGGCGUAGAGCCAGUUCUUUGGCUGUCAUCUCCUCCAAGAAACCAUACAAUGGACUGCAUUGUUGGUCAUGGAGUUCACCUUGGCCGUGUAAUUCCAUUUAUCAAGAGAAAUCCAUAUUACAGUCAUUGCAAAUGGAUUCAAGUUGUUCACUUUGCUCCUGAAGAAGAUGGAAAGUUAAAAGGCAUUUCAGAAAGUGAACAAAUGCAAGAAGCAGAAAUCCAACUCUGUAAAAUGGCUGAUCAAGUUAUCACAAUUGGACCCAGUCUAGCAGAAGCUUACAAGCAUUACCUUCGUACAGUUAAUCAAGAGGAAAAUGUUUUUCAUUUAACUCCAGGCAUUUUCUCUGAAUUUCUGGAAGUAGAGCAAGCCACUAAAGAAAGAAGAACAUUCGAUAUUCUUGUAAUUGGAAGUGGUAACAGCUUUGAAGAUUUCAAUGUCAAAGGGUACAACAUAGCUGCCAAAGCAAUUGCUGAGUUGAAAGAUGAAUCCUACAAACUCAAGUUUGUCCAGGGAACUGGAAGAAAAGGAGAUGUUGAAGCAAAAAAGUUGCUCCACCAUGGCAUUAAUUGUAAUCAGUUAAUUUUAUGCAGCUUUGAUGAUAGCAGAAAAGUGCUGGCUGACUUAUUCUGUGAAGUGGAUCUUGCGAUAAUGCCAUCCAGGACGGAAGAUUUUGGAAUAACAGCUCUGGAAGCGUUAUCUGCUGGUCUGCCUGUACUUGUCAGUGGUAAUUCAGGACUUGGAGAAGCUCUGAAGAAAGUGCCUUUGGGCUCACAUAGUGUGGUACACUCUGAAGAUCCUAAAGUCUGGGCCAAAAAAAUUAAGGGUAUCCGUCAGAAAAAGAGAGGAGUGCGACUUUCAGUGUCAAAAUUUCUACGUGAAAAGUACUUGGAGAAGUACAACUGGGAGGAGUCUUGUAAGAGGCUUGUGAGAAAGAUGGAGAACCUUGUCUUUGGUGGGAGUGAACAAGUCAUCUGUAAUCUUCAACAGUGGCAACAGAAUGUUAGUAGAUGGAAGAUCAGCAGCAAUGCAGACCCACUCUCAGACUUAAAGAAGAUUGCUUCAGAAAAGGGCUAUAGAAUUCUUGCCAAUCUACAGACAAGAAAUUGUAUGUUCUAUGCCUUGUCAGAGCAACUGGAGAUUGUCAAAGGAGUAAAGAUCCAUCAUUUUGAAUUAAGGCAUUCCUUAGUUCAGUAUCUAAGAGAGCAUCCAAAACUGGUAGAUGGAACAGAUCUGUUUCACUUUGUUGAUGGACACGCUACAUGGCGUGGUUACCUAACAGAUAUGGAACAAUAUGGCACUUUGGGUGAUCAUUUGAUUCUCUGGGCUGCAGCAAACUGUUAUCAUAUAGCCAUUCAUGUGAUUAGUAGUCUUCCAGGCCAAAGAGAGAACAUUUUAUGGGGUCAAGUUACAGGUAGAUCUAAAAGCAGAGCAAAGUCAAAGCAAUGCCCUGUUAAAAGGUCAUCAUCUGGUGUCCACAAGUUCACUGCCAAGAAUCUUAAGGUAGAGCGAGUGACUUUGCCAUCAACAUCCACUAAGGAAACAACCCACUUUAAAGAGAGGCUUCAGCAAAGAGAGAGGGAAUCUAUGCUGAUUGAACAAGAUGGUAAGCUUAAGAAUGAAUACUUGUAA